AUGGGGAUCAAGGCUAGCUGGAAGAAGACAGGUGUUACCAUCGCGUCUGACAUGAUGACAGACAAGUGUGGCAGGCUGCAGGCGAAUGUCCUCCUCGUCAACGACGCGGGCGCUGUCCUGAAGGAGUGUGUGGACUGCAACAUGGAGAAGAAAACAGGGGGGUACAUCGCGGGGAUACUGAAACCCGUUGUGGAGGAAGUCGGACCCGAGAACGUCGUCGCGUUCUGUAUGGACGGGGGUUCCAACUACGCGUCAGCGUGCCGGAAGCUGAUUAAGAUGUGGCCCCACAUUCAACAGGUUCCAUGUGCCACCCACGUCAUGGACCUGAUGAUGGAGGACGUGGGAAAAAUGGGGUGGGCAAAAAAGAUGGUCGUCAGUGACGAGUGGAAGGUGUGGGCUGCUGGAUCGCGCAAGGAGGUUGCAGAGAAGUUCGCCGCGCAGGUACUCGACACGGCGUGGUGGAAAACUGCCGAGUUUUUCACCAAGCUGAUGCAGCUCCCUUUCAAGGCGAUGCGCAUGACUGACGGGGAGGCAAAAGGGAUGAUGGGCAGGAUCUAUGACGUGAUGCUUCAACUCACGGAGGACGUUGAGGCUCUCGUGGACGCGGAUGAGGAGCAGUUGUGCAUCAGCGAUAAGAAGCAGAUCUGCCGCAUCCUCAAAGACCGGUGGGACGAGAGCCUCGCGUGCGCCAUGCACGUGGCAGGCCGCAUCCUCAACCCCGCGAACCAGGAAGAGGACAUUUUUGGCGGCGACGCCGAAUGCACGCGUGUCUUCAAGGCGUUUCUUCACCAGCAUGCGGGGUUCCUCGUCGGCCACGACGGGAAGGGGAGGGAUGCGGCCUGCGAUUACUUGGUUGAGCUGGGGGACGGGCUGAGGGAUUUCCUGGACAUGAAGGGUAGUUUCGGGAUGGCAGAGGCUGUGGCACAAAGGGAGAUGGUGAAGGCGGGAAAAUACAGCAUGGUGAAGUGGUGGCAGUGGAACGGAACAGAUGCCCCUCGCCUUGCGUCCCUCGCCAUCCGGAUUCUCUCGCAGCCCGUCUCGGUUUCACCCUGUGAGCGUGGCUGGUCAUCGUGGGAGUCCGUCCACACUGCCCGCAGGAACCGCUUAGGAUCCGCCAAGUGUGCGGAUUUGGUGUUUGUUGCGCACAACUGGAACGUUGUGCGCAACUGGCACACGCGCAAGGAUGUGAUGCCGAAUGUUGUGUGUGGGAAUGAGUCGGAGCACCCCAUCCCCGAAGGUUACAAUGUGCUGGAUGAGCAGGAGGAGGAGGAGGAGGAGGGUGAGGAUGAGGACGCUAUCUUGGAGGACGAGUAUGAGUAG